AUGUUCCGCCCGUAUACCAAUGCUCCAGAUGGUUUUGUGUCGAACACUCUGUUCUAUGGAUGGAAACUCUACUCGUCUGUGGACAUUCGCUAUGCAGACACCAAGGAUGUGGUCACCUGUUCUACUGGUCGUGUGAUGCUUAUCGAGAUCGCUAUGAACUUUUUGGCGGUUUACUUGGCCCUCAAACGAUCCCGCCACGCGCUUCUCCUUGCCUUCGCCACGUCCGCUUUCGUCUUCUGGAAGACAUUCUGGUACCUGGUUAUGUACAUCGCCCCACCUGCCGGUACCCCAUCAUUCUUCACCGACAACUAUGGAUAUUUGGGUAUUACACUGAUCUUCUGGAUUCCAAACGGUGUCUGGGUUGUCAUGCCGUUCCUAGCAAUGUGUGCACUUUGGAAUAGACUUGCGUUGCCUGUGGAGUAUCAGGAACAAGAAAACAACAACUACGAGAAGCCACCCGGAUUGUCAUCAUUGUCUUCGCCAUAA